AGUCUGCGCAGCGUCGAAUGAAUACGUACAUGCCUUUUGACCGAAUGUACGGUGGCCGCAAACUAUCAAAACUCAUUUCGUAUGGAAGUGAAAUACGACUUCAGUCAGCAGUAAUAAUUUGUUCUGCACGUAAACAAAAGCAGGCAGCCAAAGCUUGAAGUGCCCAGCAUGGCCGCAUCAAAAUUAAUGAGAGCUAUCAGGGUGUCAGAGUUUGGAGCCCCUUCAGUUUUAAAACUAUGCGUAGACCUACCUGUACCAAGUCCUGGCCAGAAACAGGUCCUGAUUCGGGUUCAUGCAUGUGGGGUGAACCCAGUGGAGACUUAUAUCCGCUCUGGAUCUUAUGCAAGAAAGCCCAGCUUGCCUUAUACUCCAGGAUCAGACGUGUCUGGUGUGAUUGAAGCUGUAGGGGAGGGUGUUCGCCUCCUACGGGCAGGUGACCGAGUCUUCACCACAGGCACUAUGACAGGAGGAUAUGCAGAAUAUACUGUUGCCUCCGAGGACACUGUUCACAAACUUCCAGAUUCUCUUGAUUUCAAACAGGGUGCAGCUAUCGGUAUCCCAUAUUUCACUGCAUACAGGGCAUUAUUUCACAAGGCUCAUGCUAAAGCUGGAGAGAGUGUUCUUAUCCAUGGAGCAAGUGGUGGGGUAGGCAUUGCAGCAUGCCAGAUUGCACGAGCGUUUGGACUUAAGGUGCUGGGUACCGCAGGGACACCAGAGGGGAUGAAGCUGGUCCUCAAUAAUGGAGCUCAUCUUGUUUUCAACCAUAGAGACAAAGACUACCUAGAGAAAAUUAAGGAAGCUACCAACAAUCAAGGUGUCAAUGUGAUCAUCGAGAUGUUGUCCAAUGUCAACCUUAGCAAUGACCUACAAAUGCUUGAUUUUGGUGGAAGAGUGAUUAUUGUCGGCUGUAGAGGUCCUAUUGAGAUUAACCCCAGGGACACAAUGGCCAAGGAGUCGAGCAUCAUUGGCGUGGCUCUGUUCUAUGCAAAUAAGGAAGAAACGUCUGAGUGUGCAGCAUCUCUUUUUGCAGGAAUGGAGGCAGGCUGGUUGAAACCAGCUGUAGGUCCUGAAUAUACACUUGAUCGGGCUGCACAGGCUCAUGAUGACAUCAUCAGCAGCACUGGAGCCAGUGGAAAGAUGAUUCUGAUCAUGUGAAAUUAUGCAGCCUGUGACAAUGAAACGUCAAGUGUCAGUCUUUGAAUCACCUGCCAGAUGUACACAAUAUUUUGAAGGAACUUUUGAUAUACAAAUAAUGUAAUCGAGAAUUUAAACUAUUAUUUACUAAUUUAAAACACGAAUUAAUCUUCGAAUGCAUUUAUGCACCUAUUUUUGUAUAAUCUAUGUAAUUCCGUCAUACAUGAAGUUAAUAAGUCUCAAAUAGUAUUUUCAUUAAAGAAGUUGCUGACUUGUAGAGAACCAAUACAACAUAUUAUUAUCA